UGACAGUAACAAUAAUAUACUUACUCCUCAGUAUUCAGAUAACUAUACAGACAUCGAUAACUCCUUUAGUAGUUCAGACCUCAUUAUUACACCUACACCAAUUACACCAACGUCCAAUAACCAAGAAGAAAUCUAUGUUAAUAAUACACAACUAUCCAACACCGAUCCAGCUUCUCAAUAUGAAACUGUCGCGUUCUUCAACCCACAUUUAUACGAAAUUUAUUCAUCACUUUCUAACGUAUGCAACACUUCCAACAAUCUGGCGUCAAAAUCUUCCGAUAACCCUCAACAAAAUUAUUUCGAUUUCGUCCAAGGAGGUCUUUUCCAAUCACAACUUAAUGAUCAAACAUUAUUAUAUCCAAAUGAUAUCUAUUUUUCUAUGUAUCCGGAACUGUGUUAUAUCCCAUUCGAAGAUAAUUGUCAAUUGCAACCCAAUAACACCAAUACGACAACGACAGAAUCUUUGCCAUCUCAAUUUUUAUAG